AUGGAGAGGCUGCGUGAGCGGUGCAUACUGGGGCGAGAGGUGGUGAUCUCCAAGCUGCUUGGAGCUGGGGCGAACGGCCGCGUGUACCUUGCCGCUCCUGUGAGCCAGUCGGAUGAGUCGAAUCAGUUCUCGUACCCGCCUCACUUUGUGGUGAAGGUGAUGCAGAAGGACCUGUUUCCCGCAGGCCAUCUGGAGACGAUCCUGAAGGAAAUCAAUGCCGUGCGCGUGCUGAAGCACCCGUUUAUUGUGAGUUAUGUGGGCGCGUGGGUGGAGGCUGGCGGCGGGGAACACGACGGGAGUGUGUGCCUGGCCAUGAAGUACUGCGACGGCGGCGAUCUCCACGACCUGAUUCUCGAGUACAAGAAGAGGGACGAGUACGUUCCGAACGACCUGGUGAUGAUGGUGAUGCUGCAGAUCUUCUCGGCGCUGAAUCACGGCCACGCGCACCACAUCAUUCACCGCGACAUCAAGCCGGCGAACCUUUUCCUUGUGCGCGGCGAGAGCGGCUGUGGGGGCGUGGCGAGGGCUCUUGUGGGCGACUACGGGCUGGCGCGCCCGGUGGAACGCACGGUGGAGCUGGCCAAGACGCGCGUUGGCACGCCGUGCUACUGUUCACCGGAGAUUGUGGCUGGGGAGGCGUACACCACCAAGACGGACAUUUUCUCCGCUGGCGUGACGUUUUUU